GGACAAAAUCCAGUUCAUCAAAAUAUAAGCCCUUCAAAGCUCAUAUCCCGCCUGUUGAUUGUUGAACCUCUUCCAUUCCCUCCCUUCCUCUCUCUCUCUGUAAUUCAUCUCCCUUCACUUCGUUUCUAAUGGCGUCGAUUAUAGGAGAUAAUCUAACUAGAGAACAGUAUGUUUACCUGGCCAAGCUCGCCGAACAGGCUGAGCGAUAUGAAGAGAUGGUUAGCUUCAUGGAGAAACUGGUAGUUGGAUCUUCCUCGGUUGGUGAGCUCACGGUCGAGGAGCGAAACCUUCUCUCUGUCGCUUACAAGAACGUGAUUGGAUCCCUACGUGCCGCCUGGCGAAUCGUCUCUUCGAUCGAGCAGAAGGAAGAGGGGCGCAAGAAUGAGGAACAUGUAGCUCUUGUCAAAGAUUACAGAUCAAAGGUUGAAUCCGAGCUCUCUACCGUAUGCGCUGGUAUACUGAAGCUCCUGGAUGCACACCUUAUUCCAUCGGCCUCCGCCAGCGAGGCCAGGGUGUUCUAUCUCAAGAUGAAGGGGGAUUACCAUCGAUACCUAGCUGAAUUCAAGGUCGGGAAUGAGCGUAAGGAGGCUGCGGAAGAUACUAUGCUCGCUUACAAGGCUGCUCAGGAUAUUGCACUUGCUGAUCUUGCCCCGACGCAUCCUAUAAGAUUGGGGCUGGCACUCAACUUCUCUGUGUUUUACUACGAAAUACUCAACUCAUCAGAGAAAGCUUGCAGCAUGGCAAAACAGGCUUUCGAGGAAGCCAUUGCCGAACUCGAUACCUUGGGCGAGGAGUCAUACAAGGACAGCACUCUUAUCAUGCAGCUCCUAAGGGACAAUCUCACCCUCUGGACUUCUGAUGCUCAGGAUCAGUUGGAUGAGGCAUAGAAAGAUGUUACAGGGUGCUGGUGGUUCAUUGUUCUCCUUGAGGAGGUGGGCGCAAAUGUCAUUUUCUCUGUAAUCUGCAUAUACGACUGAUUAAUGUGUAAUCUAAACUCAACAGAGACAUCAAUUGAUGCAGUUUCUAAUAUUCGAAUUAGAUUUACUUUUUCAAAAUUUAAAAACACUUGGGUACCCUUUGUCAA